AUGUCUGGCCAACAUCAGAUCACCGAGCAAUCGUCUCGAAACCCACUCUCCAGGGUUUCUACACUCCUCCCCGAGAAACCGCUGAGCCCCACAUCGACCUACGCUGGGACACAAAAACAUCCAGAGGCCCCUCGACAGUCUUCUUUUCUUAUCCAACUGCAAAAUAUUAGGAAUGCGAUCCGCAAGCCCAUGGCCGAAUUUUUCGGUGUGGCGCUCUUGAUCAUUUUUGGUGCAGGGUCUGCCUGCCAGGUUGUACUCUCGACAAAUCCGGACGUUGCGUCAUCUGCUCGAGGUUCGUUUCUCUCCAUAAAUUUCGGAUGGGCCAUCGGUAUUGCGAUGGGUGUUUGGGUCAGCGGCGGCAUCUCCGGAGGACACAUUAACCCUGCAAUUACCAUCGCAAUGGCGACCUACCGCGGCUUUCCUUGGCGUAAAGUGCCCAGCUACAUUCUUGCCCAAGUGUUGGGCGGGGUCGUCGGUGCCGGGCUGGUAUACGCGAAUUAUAUCCAUGCAAUCGACAUCUUCGAAGGCGGGCAUCACAUCCGCACCCAAGCUACCGCUUCCCUCUUCGCGACGUAUGCUCUGCCAUACAUGACGCAAGCAUCAUGUUUCUUUUCGGAAUUCUUGGCCACCGCCGUUCUUUCUAUGAUGGUUUUCGCCCUCACUGACAAACGUAAUCACUCUCCGACAAAUGGGCUUUUGCCAUUUGCGCUCUUUAUUUUGUUCGUCGGCCUUGGGGCGUCGCUCGGCAUGGAAACAGCGUACGCCCUCAACCCCGCGCGAGACUUUGGACCACGCUUGUUCCUUGCUAUGGCAGGUUACGGAAAAGCUCUCUUCAACUAUCGCAGUCAAUAUUGGCUUUGGGCACCUAUUAUUGCUCCGGUCCUUGGCGCUCAGGCUGGAGGCUUACUCUAUGAUACCUUUUUAAACGAUGGAGAUAACAGCCCCAUCAAAUGGCGCUGUGCUUCUUCGCAAGAGCACCAGCUCGCUGAGGUUGUUUGA